GCCCCGCCCCGGUCCACCCCCUGCUCCAUCUUGCGGCGACCGGGCCGGGCCGUGACGCCGCGCUCGGGGCUCAGUGUCGUUGCAGGAAUGUCAUACCCAGGCUACCCUCCCGCUGGCUACCCCCCCUUUCCCGGAUAUCCUCCUACAGGUCAGGAGUCCUCUUUCCCGCCUCCUGGCCAGUAUCCUUACCCCAGCGGCUUUCCUCCCAUGGGAGGGGGUGCCUACCCCCCAGCACCAAGUAGUGGCUAUCCUGGCCCUGGAGGUUAUCCGGCCCCCGGAAGCUACCCUGGUGCCCCACAGCCAGGGGGCGCUCCAGCCUAUCCUGGAGUUCCCCCAGGCCCGGGAUUUGGAGCGCCUCCUGGAGGAGCCGGCUUCCCAGGCUACCCGCAGCCGCCUGCACAGGCCUAUGGAGGCCCAGCGCAGGUCCCACUGCCCGGUGGCUAUCCUGGAGGACAGAUGCCUUCUCAGUAUCCUGGAGGACAAGCUCCUUACCCUAGUCAGAUCGAUACAGAAUCCUUUUCUUCCUAUCCUGCUUUUUCUCCUGUUUCUUUGGAUUAUAGCAGUGACCCUGCCAUGAUGACUCAGGGAACUCAAGGAACAAUUCGACCAGCCGCCAACUUUGAUGCCAUGAGAGAUGCUGAAAUUCUUCGUAAAGCAAUGAAGGGUUUUGGGACCGACGAGCAGGCAAUUGUGGACGUUGUAUCCAGCCGUUCCAAUGACCAAAGGCAAAAAAUUAAAGCAGCUUUUAAGACCAUGUAUGGAAAGGAUUUAAUCAAAGAUCUCAAAUCAGAGUUAAGCGGAAAUAUGGAAGAACUGAUCCUUGCCCUGUUCAUGCCACUCACGUAUUACGAUGCUUGGAGUUUACGGAACGCAAUGAAGGGAGCAGGAACUCAGGAAAGGGUGUUGAUUGAAAUUUUGUGCACAAGAACAAAUCAGGAAAUCCGAGAAAUUGUCAGAUGUUACCAAUCAGAAUUUGGACGAGACCUUGAGAAGGAUAUUAGAUCAGAUACCUCAGGACACUUUGAACGGCUCCUUGUAUCCAUGUGCCAGGGAAAUCGCGACGAGAACCAGACUGUGAACCAUCAGUUGGCUCAAGAUGAUGCCCAGCGCCUGUAUCAGGCCGGGGAGGGGAAACUGGGGACCGACGAAUCUUGCUUUAACAUGGUUCUUGCCACGAGAAGCUUCCCUCAGCUGAAAGCGACCAUGGAGGCCUAUCAUAGGAUGGCUAAUCGAGAUUUGUUAAGCAGUAUUGGUCGUGAGUUUUCCGGAAAUGUGGAAAAUGGUUUGAAAGCCAUCUUGCAGUGCGCCCUCAACCGCUCGGCCUUCUUCGCUGAGCGGCUCUACUGCUCCAUGAAAGGUGCGGGCACCGAUGACUCCACCCUGGUCAGGAUCGUGGUCACAAGGAGUGAGAUUGAUCUUGUACAAAUAAAGCAGGUGUUCAAUCAGAUGUAUCAGAAGACUCUCAGCACCAUGAUUGCAGGUGACACAAGUGGAGAUUACCGGAAGCUGCUUCUGGCCAUUGUUGGUCAGUAGGAAGAUUUUCUUAAAGGAAUGAAAUCAUUCAGUGCUUAACUUUCCAAGCAAUGACUUAUCUGCAUGCAGCAAUAUCAACCAUCAUCUAACCAAAAGAGGUUUCGACUAAGGACUGGGUAUUUUUCAGGGUAUUGUGCUUGAUUUGCACAUGUGGAUAUUGCCUUAAUCUCAAUGCUAUUUUUUUCUCUACUUACAGUCAAUGGAAAGCCACAGCACGGCAAUGUAUUAAUAAUAAUAAUGUUUGUAAAGCAUAAUUCUCAUUGCUCAUUCUAAUCGUGAUACCAAAUUGAAUAAAAAUCACAAUCUAACUGUGUA